CUUCUUGUGUUGCAGUGGCGCGUCGCUUGCUGCCCAUGGAACCCGAUCACAGGAGGACCAGCAGCAGGGACGUCCUGGUGGCGACCUCAAGAGCCCGGUGACCCCGCCCCACCCCGCCCCACCACAUGCUCAGAACGCCCGCGGUGUGGGCCAGCAGGCCAGAGCAGCACGCCCGUAAGAGGCGCUUGCCCUAUUUUAAUUUUUUAUUUUUCUGACAAACUGUGAUCGCCCCCAUACUAGUCACCAAGAUGUACGCCAAAAAGUUCUACAGUCGGAUCGCCGACGACUUCCGGCACAAGGAGCUCUUGCCGCUCAAGAUGCUCUUCUUCGUGCACGCGUCAACCGUCCUAGUGCUGUACCCCUACCUGACGAUCCACAUGAGGGAGCUGGGGAUCAACGUGGAGGAGACGGCCAUCAUGUCGGCCGUGACCCCCGUCGUGGCCAUCGUCAUGCCUCCCCUGGCUGGCAUCGUCGCGGACCGCAUUGGAAACUUUAAGCUGAUGCUCGCCGUCUUCUCCAGCCUGGGCGGGCUGGCCGCGCUGCUGCUGCUAGCCGUGCCCGUGGGCCGCUACAACGUCAAGUACCCGGACCGGGUGUUCCUGACGGUGGGCUGCUCGGGCGGCAGCCUGCAGGCCGCGUGGGCCGACACGCACCCGUGCCGCGCCGCGCCCUGGUCCGGCGACCUGCUCAACGUGACGCUGGACAACUGCGGCGUGUCGUGCCGCGCCGACCUCCCGGACGCCGGCCAGCUCAACAGGACGCUGCGCGGCGCGCCCCGCUUCUCGCUGCGCAUCGCGGACCAGAGCCACAGCGACACCUUCUCGUACGCGCUGCCCAUGAGCGGCGGCAGCAAGGCCGCGGACGCGCGCCUUCUGGCCCGGCAGAACUCCGGCCCCUGGGCCUACUUCCCCACGCCGGGGCUGCACACCUUGACCUGCAGCCUGGCCGCCCCUGGCACCGGCAACGACACCGCGACCGCAGACCCGCCCGUGGGCCAGGGGCUGGGCUGCAGGCUGGGCCGCGACGGUCCCCCAGGACACGGCAAUCCAGUGGACACGCCAACGACGCGCACGCGUCUGCUCACGUCGCUGGCGCCGCUGAGUCCGCCCACCCCGAGCAACGCGGACCAGCGCUGGCUGGUGUCCGGGCUGCGGCCGGCGGAGGCGGCGGGGUUGGCGGGCGCGCCGGUGCUCAGGGAGGCCACCUGCAGCGACGCGUUCGCGCGACCCGGGCGCAGCGCCGCCGCCUGGGUGUCCACCGCCGAGCCGCACUCGCCGGCCUCCUCGCUGUCCGAGUGCGUGUCCAGCUGCCUCGUGUCCGCGCCCCGCGCCAGCUUCUGCUCCAACGCGCAGGACACCAUCGAGGUCGACCCCAGCUUCACCUUCUGGAUGUACCUCACCGUGCGCGUCUUUGUCGGUGUCAUCAGCGGCACCUCGUUCGCCAUGUUUGAGGGUGCGGUGAUCGCCAUCCUCCGCGAGCACAACGGCGACUACGGCCUGCAGCGGAUCUACGCCUCCAUCGGCGGCAUGAUCUCGUCCCCGCUGUCCGGGAUCAUCAUCGACUACGCCAGCAGCGGCAAGCACUACACGGACUUCCGGCCGGCCUUCUACCUGUACGCGGCGCUCAAGCUCGCGAGCGCCCUCCUCAUGCUCCGCAUCGACCUCAAGUUCAAGGCGCCGGCCAAGAACGUCGUCGGCGACGUGCUGAACGCCCUGAAGAACGUCGAGAUGGUCUGCCUGUUCAUCGUGUGCUUCCUGCUUGGUGCGUGUGUGUGCGGGUGCGGCGCGUCCGAGGGGGAACCUACUUGGAAAUUUGGUGAACUGUGAAUAUAUUCAAAUAUU